UUGAGCAUAUGACUAACCCAAACGCUCAUUUUUCUUUAGUUUUUCUUGCUUUUCUCUUAUCUUGUCUAGUCUUUAGUGAUGAACAGUCCGAAGAAGGUUCAAUAAGUGCUGGCUCCUAUGACUUUCAGUGGCGGAUUCCUAAAGUUAAAACGAAUUGCAAUAAUACUACUCAUUCACUUAGAUAUUAUCCUAGCGCAAAUCAUGCUCAUGCUCCUCCUCCUCCUCCCCGCCGUCGGCGUCGCGAUCGUGCUCCGAAUGCCAUCCGCCGACACCGCCUCCGUCCCCGUCCACUUCCAGAGAUAGAUCCAUUAUUUCCAUGGAUACCUCAACCCAAGGCUUUGCCACCUCUGCCAAGGCCUCCGUCUAUGCCUUCUCAUCAUCAUCAGUAAGAUGCGUCCACUUAU